GACUCGGUCGAGGGUUGUCUGCGGUGCGGAGUGAAAACAGCGCGGGAGAAGACGCCAUGAAUGCUCCAGAUCGUUACGAGAGAUUCGUCGUCCCCGAAGGAACCAAAAAGGUUUCAUACGAGAGGGACACGAAGAUUAUCAACGCCGCCUCCUUUACGAUCGAGAGAGAAGACCACACCAUCGGCAACAUUCUUCGAAUGCAAUUGCACCGUGACGAGAAUGUGUUGUUUGCUGGCUACAAGCUCCCUCACCCUCUGCAGUACAAAAUCAUUGUUAGGAUCCACACAACUAGCCAGUCCUCACCAAUGCAGGCGUAUAAUCAGGCCAUCAAUGACCUGGACAAGGAACUUGAUCAUUUGAAGAAUGCGUUUGAGACUGAAAUGGCAAAGCAUUCAGGGCAAUUCUGAUCCAGAUUUGAGGUGCUGAACCUGAAUGAACUGCUUUUGCAUUUUGGUUUUGAAUUGGAAUCAACCAUGUCUUCCUCGGCACUGUUUUGCUUUGUUAGUUAUGAAGUAUCUUAGCUAUAACUUAUGUACUUGAGUUUGUUGAAUGUCUUAUCAUUAAACCUUUACCUAUCAAUGAAGUUAUAUGGAUGUAUUUAUAUGGAUGUAUUUGUAGGAUGAUGGGGGACUGUGGGGAUUAGUGGAAAUUGCCGUCCCUGAUAUUCAAAUCCCCACACCCAGCAUGUUUGUAAUCAAUAACAAAAUGAAUAGCUUCAUUGACGUUAUAUAUAUAGAGGGAGAGUAGGGAUUUAUUUGCGUAAAUUUUAUAUAUUACAUUUACAUAAAUUUUCAUUUAUUUA